AGUAGGAAAGCUAUAAAAAUCUGCAGAUUUAUAAAACCUAUAUCGAUGUUUUUCUUCUCAGUUAAAAAUCUUUAAAAAAAAAUAGAUUUUGUGAAGAACAAUGCUUUGUUUUUGACACGAACGGGCAAAAAAGAUAAAUAGAUAUUUCCUAGUCUCUUCACGGCAGAGUAACCGUUCGAACAUUCUCAAGAACAACAUUCGACAACUAAAGGCAAAUAUUAUGAGCUUCUUUAACUUAACCAACAUCGGCCUAGCUGUCAUAGGCAUCUCUGUUGUGGUGAAAUCAGGAUUGAGCUCCAGAUUUCUUGACGCUCUUUGCUCAACUAGCGCUUACAAAAGCUAUUUUGCCAAACUGUUGACGAUGGCGCGAAAAAAGGAAGAUAAACCAGGGCCAUUCAAAGAUAUGAAAACUACGAUGUUUAAAGGGAUCAAGGAAACAGCCGAGGAAAUUGGAGGAGAUGUUCUUGAAAUAGGAUGUGGAACAGGCAGUGCUUUGAGAAUGUUGUCUUUGCCAAAGGGCAGUGAAUUCAUCGCGUUGGACCCAAACCCUCACAUGGAAAAAUACUUCAGAGAAGAGUUGGACCGCUUUCCUGAAGUCAAGCUAAAGGCAUUUUUAGUACAAGGAGGGGAGGACUUAAGCAGGAUAGCCGAUGAUUCACUAGCGGCGGUGUUUGUCAUUGAUGUUUUGUGUUCCGUACCGGAGGAUGGACUUGACAAACUAUUAGAAGAAGUAAAAAGAGUUCUAAAACCGGGAGGACGUUUCUUUUUUAUUGAACACAUCAUUGACAAACCUGGAACCUGGCGGCGAUCAUGGCAAAGAUUACUCUCAAGUCACCUGGGGGUGUGGCCUCGUCUCUUUGGCAACUGUCAUUGUGACAGAGAUACAGAUAAAAUCAUACAAAUGGCUGGCUUUAGCAAACUAGAAAUGGACAAGGUCUACAUGCCAACUGAUAAAAUCAAGAGUGUAUUUAUGAGGAAUUUUUUUUAUUGUGUUGCAUAUUUUGUCAAUGGCUAUGCCAGCAAAUAGAAUUUUCCUUUCAGUAUUCAUCACUUUUUUAAUUUAAAAGGUUUGACAAUCCAUAAAAUAGAUUCAGUCCCAUUCUUUGAUAUCACAGACACAUAGCUAGUAAUGGGCACAGUGGAUACAAACAUGAUUUUUACACCCCCUCUUUCCUAAAAAAACACCUGGCUUUGCUUCUACUACAAACAUAUUUUCCUCAUGUCAAUCAAGGCCUGUCCUUUUUCUGAAUGGUCAAAAACAUUACCAAGCAGGUGGGAAAUCUUGGUGUCAAGACUUCUUUUUCAAAGAUUGUGGCUUGCAAAAGUCUAAGCAACGUGGACACCAGCAAUUUCAUGUGGAAAUUGUUUACUUGUAAUUGAAAAAAAUAUUUGAUAAAUUUUGCAGUUUUGUUUCGUGAGGCUAAAUAAUCAGUUGACUACCAGGUUGAAAUACAAUGAUGACGGGAAUACGUAACACACAACGGUUUUCAGCAAUAACUAAAGAAGAAAUGAAGACGAAACUAGGACAGCGCGCGCUUAUAUUUUCUAAUGUAAUUUGAUUGACAUCUCAAUCUCAAGCCAGGCCUUACAGUUCACAGCCUUUUUUUCAAAGGUUGACCAAAAUUCCUGUUACUUUAGCCUGUGAAGCGAGACCAAAGGGUUUGGGAUAAAGAAAGACGGAGACGAGGCGCGCAGCUGACCCCCUGCUUUUUUCCGUAUACACGUUCGCUCAAGCUAAGUUCAAACGUAGCCUCCUUCCCAGGCAUCUCUAAAGCAAAAGAAAAGGGGAGAAAAACAAGGGAAAACAUGACCGGGCUUGCGGUGGCGGAAGGGCGGGGAAGAAGAGGAGAGUGACACAGGUAUACCAAUUCGGAUAAAAAAUCUUUCUCUAUCCCAGUGUUUUUUUUUUUUCCAACACUAGAGACGCCUGCGGAGGAGGCUAGUUCAAACGUCGUAUUAUCCAUGAGCCGUAUUCAGUGCAUUGAAUUGAAUACGGCUCAUGGAUAGUACAUUUGAACUUAGCCUCAAUAAACGUUUUAAGCUAAUGAGGUAAAUCGCGUUCUGGUUGGCCGAAAAGCCUUGCGCGCUAGCCGAGGUGUCGAUCAUUUUAGAGCUAGAGUCAGUAAGCCUUAGCGGGAAGCAUUUCUGGCGUCUUAUAUAAAUAGCAUUAUCAGUAUUCCUUUUUAUGAUUCUCAGUUCUUUGAUUUUUAACUUUGGAAGCUGGGUAAUUUUCCCACUAAAAGUGAUAUCCAUUGCCAGCAAUGCGCGCGCUCUUCUUUGGGUAAAACUGAUAAAAACGAGGUCGGCUGGAACCCCCCUUUGUCCCUACACCCGCUCUAUUUUCCAUGCCAGAGGCGCGGGGUCUAUCACUCAUUUUCCUAAUCCCUUUGCGCUUGCUACGCACCGGCACAUACCGCGAGCUCACAGGAACGAGCUGGAAGUCGACCCUUGCAAAGGCUCGGGGAGGACAAACGUUUUUGAUGGUAUUUUAGGGUCUUCUAUUCACGCCCCCUUAUAAUCAUUUGUGCCUCGAUGUCAACUUUAAGCGAUUGGGAGUUUGCAUAUCCAGACAAACAAAUGCAGCAGACAAAACUACUUUAUUGACAACGUAUUAUGUACAUUAACUACAUGGGCUACUAAAACAAAGCAGUUCAUCCUUGACAUGGGUGUAUUUGUGUAGGGAGUCGGUUCGAGGGGGGAGAGGGAUGGAUGGGAAAAAUGUUGUAACGCUGUAAUGCUGUGUCUUCUUCUAGACAAUAAAAUGUUGUGAAUACAGAA